GGGGGGGGGUUUCGAAAAAGCCAAAGAGUCACCUAUUUUCCUUCGGCUGGAGCACAAAGGAGUGAUUUGUUUUGAAAGACAUAGAUGAGGUGUGCAGAGUGAGGAGACUGACUGAAAGAGAGAUUAAAGUUUCAUUUCUUCUCCAUGAGAGAUCACUGCGAUGGCUCCAGAGCUGCUGACUGUCAUUGUAGCUUCAGUGUCCUGUGUAGCGUUUUGUUUAGUGAUCUUGAUGCUGGUGGUGGUCUUCUACAGAAAAGAUCCUCUCUGCUGCAGAUUCAGACCCUACAGAACAGAACACUAUACAGAUGGAUCUCCCCAUUACCACAGCAGGCACUCUUUGAUUGGGAUCGCCCAUAAUGAGCACAGAGCUGCCAUGAACCACGGAGCUGUUGGACCACAGAUUCCUGGAAGGCUGUUCAUAAUAGGAAAGCCAAAUGACUACCACCUGAAUGACGCUCUGCCGAGGCUGCCUUCUUAUGAGAGCGUGCGUAAGAAGGACCGGCAGAGACAGAUCCACACAAUGAUCUCACAGCGCUUCGGCCUCAAUGGCUGCCACAGUGAGCCUCCACCAACAUAUGAAGAAACCCUUCGACAGUCCUUUGACAUUUCACCUGUACAUCUGCACCCUCUGGAUGUUCACCAGUCUGUCCACACUCAGGAAGACUCCUCGUACCUCUGUGAAGACACACAACGCACCAGUCAGCCAUCCACAGAACACCAGGGGCAGUCUUCCUCCCACUGCCCCGCACACAGCCCCAGGUUUCUGUCUAUAUGAUAGGCCUAGAAUUCUCUGCCAAGCCACAUCAUGACGAAGAGGGCUACUGCUGUACGAGCCAAGAGACUGACGUCAUCAGGGACGAGAAAAGAGGGAAGGGAACGCUAGUGCUUUGAGGCAGAGCUGUUGAUAGAUCUAAGUGAUUCUGCUUGGAGGUAUUCUCAUGAUAAUGACUCAAACUGUACAUAGAUAUUAGAAAGACAUAACAGCAUUGUUCUCCGCUGACAUUGUGUUUUUUAAGAAUGAUGUAACGGAAGGAUGUAUUUAAAGAUUUGACAAAUGUGAUUCCUUAGAUACUGAUCAGGAUAUUUUUGUACUGAAGCCUUUUAUUCAGAUUCAGAUUUUAUACCAAUGAAAUCCUGAUUUCCAGCAUUUCCAUGGAACCUUUGCUUUUAUAAGAGUCUAAAAAGCUCUGAAAUAACACAGAGACCAUCAUGGGAUGCAAAAGUUUUCCGUUGACGCUAACAAUAAUAAUAAAAAAAAUGGACAGAUGAA